AUGACGCUGGCAUCGGCGGCGCACAAGAUCCCGCUGGAGGUUGCGCACACCGUCGUCCAGAUUGCCGAGGUCGCGCGCUACGCCUACCACCACCGCCCCGGCCACCCUGCAGACCACGACGGGGACCCGACUGCGCUGCCCGCGGGGGCUGAUGGCGGCGGGGGCGCCAGCGAGGAGGCCGCGCGGCUGCGGGAGGAGAACGCCAUGCUCCGCGCCCGACUCGCAGAUGACCUGGCGCUCCUGCGCGAGCUCCACGGCGCGCCCUGCGUCUCCAAGGAGUGCCCUCCUGAUCUGUACAACCGACUGAUGGCGACGGUCAACAAUGCUAGCUUCCUUGCUCAUCUCGAGAAAUUACAGGAUGAGUCAGCACGUGAACAUAAUGAACUAUCUUCUGGCAACAUGACAGAGGUGGAAGUUGCAGACAUUCCAGACAAAAUGGGUAACGGGAAGAAAGGAUCGUGGGUCUUGGUUGCUUGUGAUACUGCUGGGGCUAAUUUGGAGGAAAUUAGUGGGAUUGAUGAUGAAAAUUAUGUCAUAAUCAAUGAAGACGACAUAGUCGAUGGUAUUGCCACCUUUGUUGCUAGGUGCAUUCUUGAAGAUCCAAAAUCCAAGUCGUUAUCGCCAGUGCAGCUCCAGAAGGCUGUUGCAAAGGCAUUAGAUAGCAUGAAAGCUCGAUGGAGAUGGUCAACCUUUUGGGAGGCUGGACAGAUUAUUUAUAUCUUGGCCACUUGGGGAAUCACAUUAGCAGGGUUGUACAAGAGCCGUCAUGUCCUGAAGGUGGCAGCAAAGGGUGCUGCUGCGUCUGCCAGAUUUGUUAUGAAGGCCCUAAAAGCAAUGGUCCAGUUUCCGCUAAUCGUGCGCCUUCCGUUCGCAAACCCUUUUCGCCGCCUUCUCCAACCACGACGACGCCUGCGGCGGCGGCGGCGGCGGCGGCGGCGGAAAAAAUUCCCACAGCGAUGGCCAACGAAAUCCCAGAAGAACAAGAAGCCUACUACUGCGUCGAAGCCGUCUAUCAACCCCAAGUCCCCAUCCUCCGACAAGAAACCCAAGCCCUCGAAGCCCACCGAGGAGCAGCCGGCGGCGGUCAAGAAGCCGAAGAAGCAGAAGGUGAGGGACGAGAUCGACGAGAUCUUCAGCGCCGCGAAGGCGGGAAAGAAGCGGAAGCCGCCGCAGCUGGAGGAGGCUUAUGCCCAUGGGGACAGGAGGAAGAAGCCCAAGGAGAGGGCCGAGGGGGGCAGCAGCAGCAAGAAGAAGAGCAACAAGGCGCCGGGGAGUAAGGGCAAGGGUUGGGUGGCUGACGACGACGACGAGGAGUUCGAGGAGAAGCGGCCUCGUCGGCGCACUGCGGACGGGCUCGCCAUAUACUCGGCCGAUGAGCUCGGGUUCGGCAAGGCCGACGCUGGUGGCACCCCGCUGUGCCCCUUCGACUGCGACUGCUGCUUCUGA